UUCAACACAGUUUCUUCAAACGCGAACAAACGGAAGUGUGUAUAGGUCAAAGUGAAAUUUAAAGUCUUGCAUUGUUAAAUAAAUUGGUUGUGAAUUUUUGAAAAAUAAGUAAAUAGUGUCAACAAAAAAAAGUGUCUAUAAAAUAAACAAAAUGUCUCUUAUGCCGAUCAUCUUCCGAAACUGGUGGGACGAUUGCUGGGACGCUCCGUUGAGAACUUCUCAGCUUUUGGAUCAGCAUUUCGGUAGUGGAAUAAGCGCAGAUAACCUGCUAGCUGCAUUUACGUCCGCUGUUGCUGCUCAAUCGGCUCUUCAGAACCAGCGUGCGUCUCGUUACAAUCGACCCUGGCGUCACUGUCAUCCAGCAUGCCGUCAGGAUUCCGGAUCCACAGUCGAUAUCCGUGGAGACAAGUUUCAAAUAAGCUUGGACGUUCAGCAGUUUGCCCCGGAGGAAAUCACAGUGAAAAUGGCAGGGGACAACAGCAUCGUCAUCGAAGGCAAACACGAGGAGAAACAGGACGAGCAUGGAUAUGUUUCCAGGCACUUUGUGAGACGAUACAUGUUGCCGAAGGAUCACGAUCCGGAAGGUAUCGUAUCAUCACUCUCAUCGGAUGGCAUUUUGACGAUUUCGGCUCCCAAGAAAGCAUUGCCAGAACCGAAACAGGAAAGAACAAUCCAUAUCGUUCAAACGGGACAACCGAUGAAGAAAAUCGCUCAGAAUAAAUCUGAUGAUAAACAAUCAAGUGAGAAUGGUGAAAAUGGAAAGUAAUGUAGAAA